AUGAAUCAAGCAGAAGUUACAAAACUAGUUUCUAAAUUAAAAAUUAAAGUAAACCCUAGGUUAAGAAAAUUUAGAAAUCCUCUUGGACCUGAAGAGAGGCUAAACAAGUUAAGGAAAACUGUAACGGCCCUUAUAAAACAUGAAAGGAUAGAACUAAAUUUUCCCAGAGCAAAUGAAUCAAGGAUGUACGCUGAAAGGGUAAAUGGAAUCAGUUUUAUUGUACUAUUAAGUUGUACUUAG